CCACAGAAACGUAGCUUGGUUCAGGGAGGUUAGAAGUUAAGUUGGUAUAUUGCUAGUCAAAGAGGCUCUAGUGUUGCUGCAAGUGGGGUGUGGGACCUCGUGGUCACCUAUGACUUGUAGCUUCUAGUAAGCUGCCUUAGUUGCAGUGUGUAUUUUUGCCAGUCCUUGUUUUGAAUAUGUAUCUGUUCUUUCAGAUUCGAUUCUAUGAAGUGGUCCAUUCCUUAAGAAAAGAGCUGGGUGAUCUACAGAUGAAAAAGGAGACGUUAACAGAAGAAGUAAGCGAAUACAGAUCCCAGCUGAAGGCUCUACCAGAGAACUAUGAAAACGAGAGGCGAAGUCGGUCAGAACUUGAGGUUAAAUGCCAACGCUUAACACUGGAACUGGCUGAUACCAAGCAGAUGAUUCAACAAGGUGAUUACAGACAAGAGAACUAUGAUAAAGUAAAAUGUGAACGAGAUGUAUUUGAACAUGAAUUGUCAGAACUCAGAAGAAAAUACGAAAUACUGGAGAUGUCACAUAAAGCACAAGCUAAAGAAAGAAAUGAUUUAUCAAAGGAGCUGGCAACCAUACAACAGUCCCUCAACCUCUUGCAAAAAGAUAAAGAUUACCUUAAUCGCCAGAACAUGGAGCUUAGUGUUCGCUGUGCACAUGAAGAAGAUCGUCUUGAAAGGCUUCAGAUUCAGUUGGAGGAUGCCAAAAAAGCUAGAGAAGAAAUGUAUGAAAAAUAUGUUGCAUCCAGGGACCACUAUAAAACAGAAUUUGAGAAGAGAUUGCAUGAGGAAUUGGAACAAAUAAGAUUGAAAACAAAUCAAGAAAUUGAGCAACUUCGAAGCGCUUCGAAAGAGAUGUAUGAACGUGAAAACAGAAAUUUGAGAGAAGCAAGAGAUAAUGCUGUUGCUGAAAAAGAGAGAGCUGUUACUGCUGAAAGAGAUGCUUUAAGAAAGUAUGACCAACUCUUAGAACAGUAUAGACAAAUGCAGCUUGGCACAGAAAGCAAAGUAGCAGAACUUCUUCACCAAAGUAAGUUAAAGUCCUUUGAAAGUGAACAUAUUCAACUCAUGCAACAAGAAACAGCUAAGAAUCUUUCACAGUGCCAAAUAGAAUGUGAGAAAUAUCAGAGAAAGCUGGAGGUGCUCACCAAGGAAUUUUACAGUCUUCAGUCUUCUAGUGAAACACGCAUUAUUGAACUUCAAACACAGAAUUCCGAGUUUCAGGCAAGACUAGAUACUUAUGAAAAACUUGAAAAAGACCUUGAUGAGAUAAUAAUGCAGACAGCAGAAAUGGAAAAUGAAGUUGAAGCUGAAAGGGUUCUCUUCUCAUAUGGGUAUGGUGCUAAUGUUCCUACAACAGCCAAAAGACGACUAAAGCAAAGUGUUCACUUGGCAAGGAGGUUACUGCAGCUAGAAAAGCAAAACUCGUUGCUUGUUAAAGAUCUGGAACAUCAGAAGGAACAAGUAACACAGAUUUCACAAGAGCUUGACAGAGCAAAUUCUUUGUUGAGUCAAGUACAACAGCCAUACAAAUACCUCAUUGAAUCUGUGCAACAGAGAGAUUCUCAAAUAAGUGUCCAGAAGGAACAUAUUGCAGAACUUGAAAAAGAUGUCAGUCUUUUAAAUAAAGAAAAGACAGCUUUGCUCCGUGUCAAGAAUCAAAUGGCAGCAGAUUUGGAGAGACUUUUAAAUCAUCGUGAGGAACUAGCCGUAAUGAAACAGAUUCUAAUUAAUCUACAGGAUAAACACAAGGAACAAAACUUACUUCCAUCUCAAAUUAAUUUAAAAAGUCUGACUGCAGAAAACAAAUUAAACCCUUCAGUAAAACUGCUGCCAGAAUAUGAAGAAGAAAAUGUAUUUAGGCCUAAGCCAACAUUAUUUACAAAUACACAGGCACCUGUGUGGUACAAGAAACUGCAGAAGAAAACAUCACCAUAGCAUUUUUCAGUAAAUACUUAAGAAAAUCCUUUAAGGAGAUUUUCUUUGAAGAAAGAUAUUUUCACCUUUCUCCAUAAAGGCAAACAACUCUUUUGUUUACAACUGUUGCUUUAUAUCUGUGAAAUUAUUUUAUGUUGUAUAAAAUAAUUUUUAGAUCUGCCAUGUGAAUAAAAUGUGUGGAAAUAAUGCAUGCAAUGAACUUACUAACAUAUAUUUGAAUUUUAAAAGAUAAAUAAACACCAUCAUAUUGUAUAUAUUUAUAA